AUGUCGGAUGCUGGUUCUGCUCCUGGUUCCCUCAUAGACGACCUCUUCACCGGAGAACAAUGGUUAUCAGAUCUUCCCAAGAUUGGCCCUGAAGACCAUUUCGUCGAUGUUGUUCGCGAAUUGUCCAUCUUCUUCGUCGAUGAAAUAAAUCUCCCGUAUUCCUUUGAACAAUUUCGGACGACAGCUGCCGGAAACAAAUUACGGAAUUUGGUCGAUUAUUUGAUCAUCAACACCAAAAACAAGGUCAUUAUCAGUGCCCUGUUAACCCUCAAAUGGCAUUUCUCUACCCUUGAUGCCGAUGAUCCCAAAAUCAACGAGACGAGGGCGACGGCCUGUGAGAUUGUAGCAUGGAGAUACUUGAGUCGACUUUCUGAGCGAGAAGCUGUCGAUUUCUGCUUGUACGAAAUUGAGCCUCUGACGGACAUGGAUCAGUCCAUACAGUCAUCUUCAACCGCGGUCUCGGAACGUUCAAUGCUUUUGCCAAGGUUUGCGUCUCGUCGUCAAACAGCAAUAAGUAGGCCUGCGACUAGCAGACGUACGGAAUUGGAAGCCGCAAUGCUUAAUAUGGGCAGCACACCUAUUGUACGGAAGAAUAGCGAUGCGAAGCAUGCGGUACAGGAUCCAACGUCGUCUUUCAUUGGUUUGACAGCUCUUGAGAUUGCUGUAGUGUCCGACUCGAAGAAGUUCCUUAGUCAAGCGAUCAUACAGAAGAUCAUUACCGGUAUUUGGAAAGGUGACAUUUACUUUUGGGAAGACCUCAAUGAGCAUUCAGUAAAGCAGCCACAAUUUUACAACCGCGCCGAGUCGAAACCCUACGCACGAUUGAAAGUGCCCAAGUAUAUCAAGACCUUCGAGUUUAUUUUCUUUGUCUGCUUCUUGAUUCUUUACUAUGUUGUUCUCAUGGAGCGGGACAUGUAUCGAAUAUAUCCUUCAGAGAUCAUGCUGUACAUAUGGUUUGCUGCAUUUGCAUACGAUGAAUUCUCCGAGUUCAUUGGGGCUGGCACGAUGGUGUACUCUGUUGAUAUUUGGAACGCCUUUGAUUCCAUCAUUAUUCUGAUUGGUGCAGCGUUCAUGGGUCUUCGCGCGGUGGGUAUGAUCAAACACAACGAUGACAUUGUUAACACGGCAUUCGAUAUACUCUCACUGGAGGCUCUCUUCAUGGUUCCGAGAUUAUGUUCUCUUUUGAGUCUUCUCCCCUAUUUUGCCACAUUGAUCCCUUGUCUAAAAGCUAUGAUGACGGACUUUAUCAAAUUCAUGGUUAUCGUCGGUAUCAUACAAAUUGGAUUCUUGACCACAUUUUCAUUACUUGCCAGAGAAACCUUUUCAAUGAGGGAGAUGAAUUGGACAUUAACCAGGGUUUUCUUCGGAGCGAGUGGUGAAGGAUUCAACAUCAUGAACGAAAUUGACCCCCGACUUGGUCCUCCGCUAAUGAUCAUCUACGUCUGCAUGACUAACAUUCUUUUGAUCACAUCAUUAGUCUGUGUAAUGCGAGAGAGCUUUUCAAGAAUAUUCGCCAACGCACGAGAAGAACAGAUCUACGUCUACUCUGUAUAUGUCCUCGAGGCCUCAACUAGCAACAGUCUUACGCACUUCUUUCCACCUCUGAACCUGAUCCCUCUUUUUUUUGUGAAACCACUUCGUAUCUUUCUAGCCCCGCACCACUUGCGACUACUACGCAUUCAUUUGCUAAGGAUCAGUCAUAUACCAAUUGUGUCGAUAAUCUGGCUUCUGGAACACCUUCCUGGGAGGAAAUAUCAUUCCGGGGAAGCUCUAUUCUCAUCUCAUAUUCCCGAAUCAACUCAGCUUUUACUCGACGCUGUCAAAACAAGAGAAAAUAGGGCAAAGGGAAAGUCGGCGGGGAAAUCGAAUGCGGAUUCGGCCCGAGGUCGAUCAUAUGUAUCGGGGUCUCAAACAAGAGUACAAUCAAACAUGACGGGUGGAGCAAUCGAUCACGAAGAGUUUACUUCUGGUGGCAUGCUCAAAAAUGUCGACGUGGAAAUUCCUGGUCCAGAGUGCGCUGUUGAGAUUGCGAUGGUCAAGGAAAGAGAAACGGAGUUGGAGGAGAAGGUUGCGGCGUUGAGUGUGCAGAUUGCGGAGUUGACGGCGUUGAUAAUGAAGUCUCAGAAUACGGGUGGGUUUGGUGACUGA